UUAAUGGUUGCCAGAUAGCGAGAAGUCUGGAAAAUGAAUCGAAAUCCAGACGGUAAUUUCGUCCUUCAUGGGCGUCAAACCCCAAUAAGCUUUGACAAACCAAAGGAUUAUCUGACUAAUUCCCAGCGAACAAUAAGUACAAGGAACUUAUCCCAGACGACCCUCUACCGUCCAGACAGCCGAACAUCAACUCGAGACACUUUACGUAGUUCUCAUAGCACCCCAAAGAGACGACAAAAUAAGGAGCACUCGUCAAGAAAACAUGAGGAAACGGAUUCCGUCUUUGAUGCAGAGAGUUUGUUUGGAUCCAUGAAUGGUGGUACCGAAGCAAGAAAACAACGGAGAGAACGAAGCUUAUUCCCAAGGGACAGUGAGUUGAGUUUAGAUCUCACAAACCUGAGUAACAGUCUAAGCAAGAGUCUUAAUAAAAGUGUCAGCUUCAGUGAACAUUUAAUUCACACAAAUGGCUCCAAGUACAACGACGAAGAUGAAUUGGACGAUAGCUUUGAAGAUGAACUACACAAAUUAAUUGAGGAAGACAGAAAAGAAAAUCAAAGAUUUGAAGAGGAUCUUGCUGGAAAGCCGAAGAGUCAAGAAGAAUCUCAGUGGUUUACAGGACCUGUCCAUUUAACCAAAGACUCGGAGUAUCCGAUAUUUCAAAGUUUAGGUAUUGACAUUCCACGUGUCUCUCCAGUCAAUCGAACUGCUGGUAUGAUAGGCACUGAAAUCGCACAGCGUAAGAUCGCAAACCAGAUGCAUUUGGAUGAUUUCACACGCAGUUAUUUUCCGGUAACUCUCGGAGAAAUGCCAUCCAUCAUGAGAACUGUGACCCCACAGCCGCCUAACUCAGUCACUAAAAAAUACGCACGAGCUCAAUCAGCAAAAGAAUCAAGAAAUAAAAGUGGACGGUCAUCAUCAACAAUGAGGUCUAAUUCAACGUUUGGACAGCGCAGUGGCCGGAGUAGUGUUAGUACUUAUGACGACCCUAAAGCAAGUGCCCUGUAUGACUAUAACUACCUGAGAGCGUCGCAGCCCUUGGUAGAUCAGACUGUCUCUGUAACUCCUUAUCAAUAUGAACUUGCUCAACUCAAGAUGGAAAGAUUAAGACUGGAGGAACAACGGAUGCUGGAAUCCAAACGGCAGGAGGAACUCGAACGUAUUAGAGGCCCUACACCUAAAUGGUAUGAACUGAAGACACCACAGUUCACAUAUGAGAUGCAUAAAAACAACAAACUUUUGGAGAGCAAGAAGGACUGGCAGAGUUUGAUGGACUAUCGAGAACAGUUGUCAAAAUCUUCAAAAGAUUUUUCUCAAUCCAAUCUUGGUGGAUCCUUGUAUUGAAGACUACUCAAUUAAGGCUUCUAACCGGCGACCCGGACAAAUAUCACAAUAGGGGGACCCUUAACAUAGGGGUAGAUAACUCAGUUGGUAAAGUGCCUGCACGUUAAUCCUGAGGUCGUUGGUUCAAGUCCCAUGUAAAUCUUUCUUUGUUCAACCCCAAAUUAUUUUGAAAUCAUACCUUAGGUCCAAAUUAGGUCCAAUACCAAUUGACAUUUUCCUUAUAGUGGUCCCGUUACCAGAGGGAAAUUGUUGUGCUCCUUCAAGAGGGCAGUUCAAGGCCAGAUAGAUUGAGCAUGUCUUGCAUGCUUCAAACUUUGAAACUGAAGGCCAGAUAGAUUGAGCAUGUCUUGCAUGCUUCAAACUUUGAAACUGAAGGCCAGAUAGAUUGAGCAUGUCUUGCAUGCUUCAAACUUUGAAACUGAAGGCCAGAUAGAUUGAGCAUGUCUUGCAUGCUUCAAACUUUGAAACUGAAGGCCAGAUAGAUUGAGCAUGUCUUGCAUGCUUCAAACUUUGAAACUGAAGGCCAGAUAGAUUGAGCAUGUCUUGCAUGCUUCAAACUUUGAAACUGAUUUUAAAUGUACAUUCAUAAAAUACCUCAGACAGUUUCGCUAUUCCUAUUGGUGGAGAGCGCGCCACGUGGGUGUGUAUAAACCUCUGUUUAUGACCGGUAACAAGUGUUAAUUUAUGGGCGUGACCUUGCACCUGUUCUUUUUAGACAGUUUCUUCAUUUCUACUGGUCGAGA